CGGCAAAGCAGCAAGAAAUCCAUCACCGCCAAGGAUUUCACUCCAAUCAGCAUAAGUGCGUCCUUCAAAGACAGCCUUCUCAAGGCUUUCCGUAUCGAUUCUUUGCUCUUCAUCGAUGGAUGGAUAUUGAUGUUGAAUCACUUCCACAAGUAAGCCAGACCCGUUCCUAGACCAUCUUUUACCUGUAUGAUAACCAUAUUGGACAGCACUUCGGAAUAUGUUCAGUUUUUCGAAGCGGCCUUUGAUUAUGUUGACCUCGACUGUACCUCUCCUUUGUCCCAAUCUACCAACAGCUAUACCCCAGUGGUACUCCGAUGAGACGUUUGCUUUCUCGAUGAAAUACUUAUCAAAAUCGCUACUCCAAUCCCUCAAUGUACUUCUCAAUGUGGCCGAGAUCACAAUCUGGGGUAGUGAUUUAACAUCAUUGCCGCUGGGCGCUGUGGACUCCUUGUUCUUUUCUGGAUUUCUCCUGAAUGAAAAACAGCGAUCGAGAAACAGCUUCUUCGUAAUAGGAAGGAUGUCGAUACGACUUUGAAGCUGCUCAUUAGAAACUGUCUUGUUCCUUUCUAAAAACUGAACCAAG